AUGGCAACAAAGUCAGACAUCGAAAAAAGACCCUCUGUGGCCGACACUGAGAAUGGACAGUUGGCGGAUGUCGGCUACAUCCCCGAACUCAAACGCAACUUUUCGACUACGUCCAUGCUGGCUCUAUGCGUGUCUCUCAUGGCAACAUGGGAAGCGCUGUGCAGCACUUUGGCAGCUGGACUUGUCAGCGGAGGCCCAGUGUCACUGAUAUAUGGUGCAAUCGUUGCUGCCAUUGGGUCACUCUGUUCUGCCAUGUCUCUGGCCGAGUUGGCUUCUAGUAUUCCCUCGGCUGGAGGCCAGUAUCAUUUUGUCUCGCAUCUAUCGUCCAAGUCCGGAUCGACCAUGACCAGCUGGUUCGCGGGCUACAUCAUGACCUUUGGCUGGAUCACUGUCACGGGAAGCGCCCCUUUCCUCGCCGGCACAAUGAUCCAAGGUCUCCUCGUUCUUAACUACCCUGAAACGUACACGUACGAACGAUGGCACGGAACACUUAUGUACUGGGCAAUUCUCAUCGGCGCCGCAAGCAUCUGCAUCUUCUGCAGCAAUAUCCUGCCUCUGAUUGAGAAGGUGUCUUUGACUCUCCAUGUAGCCCUAUUCUUCGUCAUCCUCAUUGUCAUGUGCGUCGUUUCGCCGACAAAGAACUCGGCCACCUGGGUCUUCACGUCGUUUGAGAAUAAUUCGGGGUGGUCCAGUGAUGGUGCUGCGUGGUGUAUCGGCAUGCUCAGUUCAUGCUACGUCCUGAUCGGGUACGACGGAGCAACGCACCUCAGCGAGGAGAUGCAUAACCCUGAGAGGGGCGUGCCUUAUGCCAUGAUUGGAAGCGUGGCUCUCAACAGCGUUCUUGGUUUCGCAUUCUUGAUCGCUGUCCUGUUUUGUAUGGGCGAUAUCCAGUCUGCCCUGGCCACGACCACGGGGUUCCCUAUUAUUGAGAUUUUCUAUAAUAUCACAGGGAGCACCGGAGCAGCGUCAGCCAUGUCGAGUGCCAUCGUGCUCAUGGCGAGCCUGGCUACCAUUCCGUUGCUGGCAUCAGCUGGACGUGUCAUGUGGGCGUUUGCAAGGGAUCAAGGACUUCCAUUCUCUGAAACGCUCUCAAAGGUGGAAAAGAAGCGCGGCAUCCCGACGGUGGCAAUUAUUGUGACCAUGGUCCUCUUGAUGCUUCUUGGACUUAUCAACAUCGGCUCAACUACAGCCUUCAACGCGAUCCUGUCUCUCGCAGUCGUUGGCCUCGAAAUCUCAUACAUCAUGCCUAUUGUGCUGCUCAUCUGGCGUCGCAUCACGUCGCCAGAACAGCUCAAAUGGGGACCAUUCCGUCUCGGAAGGGCCGGCAUGUUUAUCAACGUUGUUGCAGUGGCUUAUCUCAUCUUUACCAGCAUUUUCUCGCUGUUCCCUCCUUACCAGCCCGUCACAGCACAAAACAUGAACUACGCGUCUCUCGUGCUGGGCGCGACGCUCCUGUUUGGACUCGUGUACUGGCCGCUCAGGGCGAGCAAGAAGUACUCGGGUGGAUGUUCCGUCUGCAAGAAGCGAAGGUUAAAAUGUGAUGAGCAACAGCCAAGUUGCCGGCGAUGUAUCAAAAUUGGAGUCGAAUGUCCUGGAUACGCACGACCCGUCAAAUGGUCGACCAAGUACGAGAAAGGCACCUCCCCAUCUGCGGCCCUGGACCUUGAUGGCGAUACCUCGUCUUGGUUUGAGACGGAAGCCAGGAAACUCUCAAACGUCAUUGAGCCGAUCCCAAGCCAUCAAAGCCCUCAGUCUCGCCCAACCGAGCAUUCCGACUUGACAACCAUGCCCAUAGUCGAGUCUCCCUUGUCCCCCAAGCCUACAGCGUCUCCUGCCUCUCCAAGAUCAUCAGAGAUGCACCAUGAAGCUUCCAGUAUUAUUGACACACACCUUUCUGCCGAACAAUCCGUAUCAUCCCCUUCCUUAUCAGUUUCGGGUUCUUGGCAUGGUUUUGUAGACGAUUCAAAUGAGACCGAACCUGAGCAGGUUUCCACCUCUGGCUCGACGGACGACAACACAUCUCUGACUUUCUACAAACCGAUGGAGCAGUCUUCACUAUUACUCGACCAUUACUUCUCCAAUGUUUGCCAGAUGAACUCUGCCUUCGACUCGCUGCACAACCCGUUCCGAUCAGAGGUAUCAAAGAUGAUCAUUAACUCGCCACUCCUGUUCUAUUGUGUCUUGAGCAUGUCUGCAGCGCACCUCUACCAAGGAGACGAACCAAAAAGCAGUAUUGCGUUGGAGUUUCAGACAGAAGCGAUAUCCCAUCUCUCCAUUGAACUUUCGCAACUGGACACAGCCAUGCCCCGGGUUUUGAAAGGUGAUGAUGAUAGAUCAGGAUCACUGGCAGUACAGAAGACGGACCAUGUUCAAGAUGACGUCUUGCUUGGCGUUAUUCUCUUGGGAAUGACAUCGGCCUGGCAUAACUCUUCCACGACUGGUGUAUCUCACUUGUUCGGAUGCCGCCAGCUAUUCAAAGCAUGGAUGGCCUCCAACUCUCUAGAAGACGCCGCGAAACGUGCGUCAAUGGAUCAGAAGCAGUGCUUCCUCGUCUCAUCAAUGAUAUACUGGGAAGCCAUGAGUUCGUUCAUCCUCGACCAGGACACAGCCGCUUUGUCAUACUUGGACGUCUUCUGCCAGCCAAACCUACCUUCACUCAUCUAUCCAUGUCCUUGGACCGGUGUGGGGACCCCAGUCUUCGUGUUUCUGGCCAAGACGGGUAUUCUGCUCAGAAACAAGAGAGUCUUGCGGAAUCUCCGCGUAUUCAGAUCGGGCGAGGCACAUCAAAGAGCCCUCUACACGGAGCUUCUCGACGAUGCUUCUGCUCUAGAGCAAGAGACCAUCAAGUUACGAAUCCCCUUCGUUGGUCUGAUUGAGGAUGUGGGCGAUCCCUGUACACCGCCCGAUCACUUUCUCGCCAUCGCUCGGUGCUACCGCUUGGCCACUCUACUUGAGCUGUACCGAGGGUUUCCUGAGUUGGUCAAAUCACAGACGGUUGUGGAGCAAGCCGUUGAGAUGCCCACAGGUGAACAGGACGACAAGACCCAUCUGAUACUCGGCCUCGCCUUUGGGAUACUGGGGAUUUUGGAGUCGAUACCCAUCGACUCGGGCACAAUCUCAAUUCAGUUACUGGCCUUGAUGAUUGCUGGCAGUGCUCUAUGUGUGGCCCCCGGCCAAUUCCAAAGCACUAUCGCCGAGAGGACACCAUUUCAACAAACUGUGAUGCGCUGGCGAGGAUUUGUCCGACAACGCAUUCUAUAUCUAUGUGUUGCUAUCGGUUUGCGCCCGGUGAAUCACGCUGCACUCAUCCUAGAGGAAGUCUGGUCACGCAUGGAUAUGGAGAUAAGUCACACCAAUGAUAAUGAAGGAAUGCUUGCUAGCACGGUACAUUGGCUGGAUGUCAUGUCUGAGAAGAAGUUGGAAACCAUAUUUGGGUGA